UCCGUGCAUAUUUGUGGGCCUUAUCUUGCUCAACUGGUGUCAGUGCUCAGGGUUGCGCAAUAGGAUAUCCUCCAUCGAAGGCACAGUGUUUGAUGCACAGUUUUAAUACGAAGCACAUAAAAAAUUAUAAUGAUGUACUUGUUCAUUACAGCUUGCUAACAAUGUCUCUUAGACAUCGUAGACCUUACUGCACCCAUAUGAGUUAUCAUUCAUUCUGUUUGUCGCAGAAAUGGGUCAGACCGAUCUUCAGUGAGUCUGACCACUUGAUGAUGAACACACCUGUUCAAGAGAUGCCCGUGAAGCAGUUGGAAGUCAUCAUGCUGACCUGUGGGAGCAUAAAAGAGAGAAGCAGUGAGGACAACCAGGGAAACGGUAGACACGGUAUCGUCUCCCUACUCAGCCUGGCACCCCACAGUUCCUCGUUACUCUACUUCAGUGGGGCAAGCGGGCAUAGCACUGGUCACUCAGCUGGCCACAUCUCUAUCCAUACUGUGACCACACCUGGGGAGGAGGAGGCCACAUUAGGAGGCAGCACAAAUAGUUUGGGCAGCAAGUUUAAAACUUCAAUGGAUUGCAAUAUGGAUAACGAAGAAAGGUUAUCUGUACAGAAAGGAAGACGAUCAUCGAUUUGUUCAUCAGCUGUUGAGUGGCAGCCACAAGCCCAACACAUAGAACCUGAGCAAAUUUCACUGGACUCCUUCUGCUCUAAUGAACCGUCGGAUGAUGGCUAUCCCAGGGUGGACUUGGACACCAUUGAUAGUGGAUUUAUGGAGUCAGACUGCAGCCCCCCAAUUAAUUCAGACUUUGAUAAUGUGGAGCAAAUUAACUCCUCUUUACUGAGUGGAGCAGAAAGCUCAAACUAUGUCAAGCAAUGGAUGAUUUGCAACACCGUGGAGGGAAAUCCUGACAACCCACAGAAGCACAGUACAUCCACCCCUUAAGCCCCUCUGAACUGUAGAGAAAAAAACUAUCCAAAAUAUUGAAGACCAUUGUUUUGCAUAUAAUUGUUUUAUUGACUUCGUAACUGCUUGUGUGAACUAAAUAAUGUUUUUCUAUUGUUAUUAAUCUUUCGUCAAAUAGUUUAACAUUAUUUAUAGUGCAACGUUUGGUAUAUUAGGAUAUUGUAGUGUUUUGUAUCUGAUACAGAGAUUUAAAAAAAAAAAUACAUUAAAGAAUUUUGUUGAUGUUGAGUUCUUAGCAUGUUAUUAUGCAUUAAUGUUUGAUAGGGACAUGUGUGUGCAUAUUCCAAUUGUUUUACACAAAUUCAACAUACAUUUAUCAAAUUCAGCUUUACAAAUGAAAAGAUGUGUGUUGGUGAGUU